UCCAGUCUCAAAAUUAUUCAACCCCCUGAACAGAAUCCCUCACAACAGCACAAAUACACAAAACAGGUGUUGUCUCAAGCACACCUGAAUCAACUAAUCAAGGGCUUCUUUAAUUACACCAGCAACAUGAAGUCGACAGGGCCAUGUCCCGAAUGGCUCAACACUACAGCUGGUCAGCAACUCUGGAAAGAGGCCAGUUUUUUCUUUCACCGCAACAUGGCAACUAUAGAUUUAGCACUUCAAACAGCCAUAUCGCAGUUCAACCUCACAGGUUCACAUGCGGACAUUAACGUUUACCAAGGCUACAGUCACUGUGACCUCUAUCCAGAUGGCACCACCAAGUCAUCGUUAACCCAUGCCUUCAAUGGGAAGGACUUCAUAAGUUUAGAUAUGGACAGUAAGACGUACAUUGCUUCUGUUCCUCAAGCCCUCAUAUAUAAAAGUAUUAGGGACAAGGAUAUAAUCUGGCUUGAAUCCGUGGUGUCUUACUACAAAAAGACCUGUUUUGACCACCUUAGGAUGUUUUUAGAGCUUGCUCCUGGUGUCAGAAAUAAGAAAGCUCCACAGGUCAGGCUUUUCGAGAGGCAGAGCGCUGGUUUCACGCUCCUCACAUGUCAAGUGACUGGGUUUUACCCCAGAGCAGUGCAGGUGAAGUGGAUUGGGGCAGAUUUACAGCUGGUGCAGGACGAGAUGAAUCAUGUGCUGCCUAAUGGUGAUGGCACGUUUCAGACCAGAAGCAGUGUGAUCAGACCUGAGGAGAACACAGGAGAUCAGCGCUACAGCUGUGUAGUGCAUCACAGCAGCCUAGAGGGAAAUAUUACAGUCACCUGGGAUAAAGAAGAGAAACCCUUCAGACUUUAUGUUUGGAUUACACUAGGCUGCAUUUUCAUCGUCACUAUAAUCGGGCUUGUAAUCAGAUGCAUCUUAAAAAGUAAAGAUGCUGGGAGUUGAAGUUACCUCUCAUGUGAAGAUGUAUUCAGUUUCUCAGUUUCAGUCAUUCAGAACAUCCUUGUUUGACAUCAUUACAGUUUAAACGUCCUUCUUCUACCUCCGAUACCUCAGGCUCAGUCAGAGCACAGUGUUAUCAGACCUAGAUGUUCUCGCAGAAUCAGUUGAUUAUAUAGUUUUGAUUCGUCACCUUUUUGACCUCAGAAUACCCCACAGAACCGAGUACACAGUUAUACGCAAUGUUGCACGCCACAUUUAAAAAAUGAUCAAAGCUGCUAAUGCUAAACAUGUAACUCACACUAACAUCAGGCCUGGAGUUUGUGUUGCAGAUGAUGCACAAUGUAAGUAGAACUACAAAAAUCAAUACUCCUUUUUAUUUCUUAUCAUCAGUCAUACCCAUUUCAAUAAAGAGCUUUUGAUUAUAAACAACAUCUGUGGUAAUAUAUGUCAUAUUUAAUCAGUGAUUCAAACUCUUUAGCUACAUCCUCGUUCUGUCGUUCUCUUCAUAUGGAUGAUAUUUUAGGGCCAUUAAGAAUGUAUUGCGUUAACGUAUUUGUAUUUUCCACUUGUUCUCAAUGUGUUUCUAUUCUACACGUCUUCAAUAAACUAACUAAAGCCUUACCUCACUCACAGACAU